AGAAUAAUCAUCGGUUCCCGGAAUACCGUGACUAACGAGCGGGCGGUGAGUGAACUGAAACGCCGUAACCCCGGGACAGAUGUGACGGCACUGGCGCUGGACUUGGCGUCACUCGAGUCGGUCCGCGAGUUCGCCAAACGGGUGGCGGAAAUCGAGCCCAUAGUCGACGUACUCAUCAAUAACGGCGCCGCCCGGCCCUACGCCGACCCCUACACUCAGUUUCGGACUAACUAUUUAGUAAUCCGAGCCAUUUUCUACUAACACUACACUUAUUGCCAUUAAUGAGAAAAUCAAACGAUUCCCGGAUAAUAAUGGGCACAACAAACGGAAUCACAUUAUAUUUUAGCAGGAUCAAUUUACGCACUUUUCAUUUGCCAAACAAUGGUUAUACUGCGGCCCGCGCGCACAUUCAUACUAAACUGGCCAUGGUGUUAUUUGCCAAAGAGCUAGCUAAACGAUUAAAAUCUUCCGGAAUCAGCAAUGUUAAAACGUACUCAAUUAACCCGGGAAUUAUAGAUAGUAGACCAAGGGCAGAUUCUGAUAUAUCUGCUAAUAUACUGUUCAGAUAUUUUAAGACCUUGUUCAUGUUGCCGGCUGAUAUGGGGCCGCAACCCUACUUACACUGUGCCCUCGAUGAUGCACUCGCGAGUGAGUCAGGUCAUUUUUAUGAUAACUGCGGGCGCGUGGACUGUAUGACUGGUCAGGCAUUUAAUGAUAAGACUGCCCGUGAUUUAUGGCAAUUAAGCGCCGAUUUAGUUGACCUCGAGUGUCAGUACAAUUUCUGAUAUGAUGAACAUGAUGAUUUAUAAAAACGAAAUUUGUUUGUUAAUAAUGUACAUUUAUAUGUUCGAGAAAUUUAUUCCCAUGUUAAUUAAUUAUAAAUUAUAAAUUAAUUAUAAAAUAGCC